UUCCCCAUGGCUCAUGUUUACGACAACUGGGAAAGGCUUGUCCGAGCCAUCCUGCGGAUGGAGGAUCUCCGGUAUACCGGCGAAAGGACUCCGAGCGACGUGUCCGCUAUAUCCCUCUUGUCAUCCUCCUUCAAUCUUAGUUCCACUGCUUCUUCCCCUCUCCGGCCAAUUUCGUCUUUCAACUUCUCCACCUUACUACUAUCAGCAGCUGGAGAGGCAUUCGAGUACGCUGAAAUUCUUGCUGCUACAGGUUACUUGAGCAAAUCGAAUCUGAUCAAGCGUGGACGCUCUGGAGAUCUCUUUCGGGGUAGUCUGCGAGAUAGCACUCCUGUUGUGGUCAAGAGAAUUGAUUUGUCUUCGUCUGUUGAGAAGCAAGCGCGGUUGAUAACGGAGUUGGGUGUUUUAGGGAAGGUUUCGCAUAGCAGACUGGUUCCUCUGCUGGGGUAUUGCAUGGAGAAUGGGAUUAAUGAUGACAAGUAUCUGGUUUACAAGUAUAUGCCUUACAAGGAUUUGUCGAGUUUUCAAGGAUUGGAGGGUGAUGAUGAGAGUUCCCAAUCGCUGGAUUUUGUUAGGAGGAUGAAGAUUGCAAUUGGAGCUGCCGAAGGGCUGUGCUACCUGCAUGAGGAAUGCAAUCCACCUCUUGUUCAUAGGGACAUUCAAGCCAGUAGCAUACUCCUCGAUGAUAGAUUUGAAGUACGCUUGGGAAGCUUAAGUGAGGUCUAUGCUCAAAAGCGGGAGACUACUGAGAGUCGCCAAAAUAUAAUUAGCAGGUUCUUGCGGUUGCCUCAACGCAGGAGCUCUAAUCAAGGCACCUCUGGUACCCCAGAGGCUACAUGGGCGGAUGAUGUCUAUUGCUUUGGGAAGGUUUUGCUUCAGCUUGUAACAGGAAAGCUAGGUAUCAGUGCAUCCAGUGAAGCAGCCAUGAAGGUGUGGUUGGAGCAGACACUACCCUACAUCAGCAUUUAUGAUAAAGAGCUUGUGACAAAAAUUAUCGAUCCAUCUUUGUUCAUAGACGAAGAUCUGUUGGAGGAAGCAUGGGCUGUGGCUAUAGUUGCCAGGUCUUGCCUUAAUCCCAGACCUUCAAUGCGACCCUUGAUGAGAUAUGUUCUUAAAGCUCUGGAAAAUCCUCAUGAAGUAGUUAGGGAGCCAACUAGCUCCAGCCAUGAGAUAGAAGAAGGAGAAGUUCUACUUCCUCAACAAGCUACAAGAAAUCCUGUGUUUUCAAACAUGGAUUGAGCUGUUUGAUGAACUCAGGGGUCAAUGGGUUCGAUUGGUUGGGCCAAAGUAUAAAACUGGAGAACUGGAUGAUGAUAUUUUGAUGCCAGAAAUGUACAUUAAUGAUGUAUAAAUAAAGUAGUAUAGAAAAAUUCCCCUUUAGUUGGUGGUUCAUAUACAUAUUUGAUUAGUUUAGAUCUAUAUGGUCAUGCCUGCAUUCUUUUUUCACAUAAUUUCAAA